UUAUUCGAUAAUUGAAGUAAAUCAAAACAUUGAUGUGUAUAAUUUUUUAUUCAAUAUCCUCGCAAUUUUCGGGAUCUUCAUCUACAAUAUGUUUGGGGAUUCGUAGACGACGAUUGAAGAAUAAGGUUAAUCUUCCAUGAACACGAAAAGUGAUAGUCUCUCCACUUUCUCUCUCCACUCUAGUAUCCCUUUUUCUAAAUCAAAAAUCUCAACCAGGUAAAAGUUUCCCUGCUCAGAUUUGGUCUUUAAGACCAGAUCUGAGCAGGUUAUUGUUAGUUGCUUUAUUUUUUUCAGUCUUUGAUUCGGGUUCUCUUCUUAGAUUCGAAAGUUCCAGCUUUCCUCUAGGAUUAUUUGGGUUUCCAUGGGGUUUAUGUCCAUCUUUUGCUUUGUGGUGUUGUGUUCUUCUCCAUCUUUGUUUGCAUUCCUUUUCAUCAUCAUUCUCAGUCAAGGCCUUGUAUAAAAUCUAUCAUAACUCUUUUAGAGCGGUUUCAAUGGUGGUGUCCGGUGUGGGGUUUGGAGAUGGCGGUGUAGAUGGUGGUGGAGUCUCAGAGUUGCAGCUUCAUUCAAGUAAAGACUCGGUGUUCUUCUGGCCGGCUUCAAUCAUUUGGGUGCUGUUUAGUGAUGUUCUUGAUCUAUUUUUUUUCUUUUCUCAAUCAAUGCUCUCUUGGAAUCACUGAUUUCAUCCAUCAAUGGUACUUGUUUAGUUGAUGAAAACAGUAGCGGCGGAUUUCUUGCUGAUGUUUGAUUGUAAAAGUUGAAUGGUUAGAUUCAUAAAUUCUUACCCAAGGAGCCAUGUUCAACCAAGCUGUUUUCAAGUUGAUCGGUAUUGCAGGGUGAUGAUUAUCCUAGUAGAGAUGAAAGUGAAGAUGGUUUGGAGGCAGUCGGCGUUGAUUGUCAAAAGUGGCCGCUGCAACAGUAUUGACAGUGGGAUUGCCGGCAAACUGUUAUAAGAAUUAUUUGUUAGGGUUUAUUUCUUGCAGGCUUCUUAACUGGGUUUACUUGUGGACUUAUGUCCAUGGGAUAUUAUAUGGGCUUUUCAUUUGUGUUUCAAAAAACUGUUUGGGCUCGAUUUUUUCGAGAUAGGCAUUCAACCAUUUUAGUCUUUUGUAAUGGGUUUUCCUUUUUGGGUUUGUAUAGGCAUUUCAUCAAUGUGGGUUGUACCUUGGAUUUUAAUUUUGUAUCCGGGUUUUGUACAAUGCUUUUUGUACGUUACAUUUCUAAUAUAAACUUAUUUACCGAGAAAAAAAAAAAAAAAAAGAAGAAUAAGGUUACAUGGUCCAUCCACUGAGUUACUGGGAUUGCGGGACAUCGAUUUGGCUCCGACUGUUUCUUUAGUUUGUUACAUGCUGGUAGGUUGUCCUGAUGUUUUUCAUUUCUGAGUUACUUCACAGAUUGAUGCAGCUAUAAACCCCUGAGUAUCUUUCUUUCAAGUUUCGUCCAUCCCCUUCUUUCUUCAUUCUCUGUCAUCAUACUAAUCACUAAAACCUGAAAACCCCAAUUUAUACAGUAGUCCUAUAAUCCAAACUUCCUCCUUAAUCCUUUUAUUUUCAUUCAGAAUGAAUACUAUUCCUGGGUUGCUCCAAACAUCAUACUCUCUGGGUUUAUCUAAAAGUAAUCAAUUUUACCCCAUUCAACCAUCUAUUCUUAAUUCUAGAGUUUCUGUUAUCUUUUAUCCAUCCAACACAACUAUAAAGAGAGAUUCUGUGUUGGUGGCUAAGCCAGAUAGGCUGCAAAGGUCAUCCUUUAAAGCUGUUGUCGAUGAUGCAGCUUCUGCAAUACCAAAUGAUUGUGCUGAAGAGCCUAUAUCGUCAUUCAGUCAACCUGGUCAAGCAGUUGCUCAUGAAGGAUUAGCUGAAGAACAUAGUGAAAAUGGCAAUGAACAAGGAGAUGCAGAUUCCUUAGAUGACAGUCAAAUGGUAAAAGUUUGUGACAAGCUAAUAGGUGUCUUCAUGGUUGAUAAGCCCACUCCAACAGAUUGGAGAAGGUUACUUGCUUUCAGCAAAGAAUGGAACAAUAUCAGGCCUCAUUUCGUUAAGCGGUGCCAGAUAAAAGCAGAUGCUGAGGAUGAUCCUGGAUUAAAACACAAUUUGCUUCGGCUAGGAAGGAAGUUGAAAGAAAUUGAUGAAGAUGUGCAGAGACAUAACAAUCUGCUUGAAGUAGUGAAAGCAGCACCAUCUGAGAUAAAAGAAGUUGUUGCUAAACGACGUAAAGAUUUCACCAAGGAAUUCUUUGUACACCUUCAGACAGUAACGGAAUCUUAUUACGAAGAUCCCACCAAGCAAGCUGCUUUGGCAAAGCUUGGAACUUCAUGCUUGGAUGCAGUACAAGCCUAUGAUACUCUUUCAGAAGAUAGAGAAGCACUGAAUGUGGCUGAGUUGAAGUUUCAAGAUAUUGUAAAUUCCCCUAGUUUAGAUGCUGCUUGCAAGAAGAUAGACAAUUUGGCUGAGAAAAACCAACUUGAUUCUGCUCUAGUGCUAAUGAUCACCAAAGCCUGGUCAGCUGCUAAGGAGUCGAACAUGGCAAAAGAUGAGGUUAAGGAUACAUUGUACCACUUGUAUAUGACUGCAAGAGGUAACCUUCAGAGGCUAAUGCCUAAAGAGAUCAGAAUACUUAAAUAUCUUCUCACCAUCGAGGAUCCUGAGCUGAGGAUAUCUGGUCUGAAAGAUGCAUUUACCCCUGGAGACGAACUAGAAGGAAAGGACGUUGACUGUCUGUACACAACGCCGGAGAAGCUUCAUACCUGGAUAUGCACGAUAAUAAAUGCUUACAACUUCAGCCAAGAAGGUACUCUCAUCAGAGAAGCCAGAGAUUUGAUGAAUCCAACAAUCAUACAAAGAUGUGAAGAACUGAAGAAACUAAUCCAGGACAAGUUCAUGUGAGCUUCUGAUAGUAUUUCGGUUUGAAAAUAUCAGUAUGAUAAUUAUGGAUGCACAAUAACCAUACUAGUGUAAGAAAUUGUAUAACGGUGUUUAAUUGGGAAAAUGAAAUAAAAUCAGUUGUCUUUGCUCAUUUAUA